AUGGUGCUCUGCAGCUCCCUUGGCGCCGGCUCCGCUCACGAGAUGGUGCCCAGCUUUCUUCAGACACUUCUUGAAGGCUCUGCCGAGCAGCUGUACGCCGGGCCGGUUUCUCAAUAUAAAGUCGAUGACUUGACCAGAGCUGCUUUGACGGCAUUAAAGGGAUGUAUUGAUGGGCUUUCUCCCGAGCACGUAAAGGCCCUCGUCAACCUGCUG